AUGCAGGGUGACAGUCACAUAGUAGCACCUCCAAAGACUCCUGCGGAGCAAGCAUAUGACAUUUUGGCUAAGCAAGUGGCGGGUAUGUCAGCGGAGGAGGCCGCCAUAUUCCUACGGCCGCCACUUGAAAGACAUAAAUCCCAUGCGAAGACUAAGACGAAGGCACGGAUAACGUCGCUUGUUCCCCAGGCGGCGGCCGACGCAAAGAAUCUCGGGGCACCAUUGCACGGUUUGCAUCACAUCCUGGCUUUGCCCGACGCUGGUUCUUCAGUGGCACUGAGGUUCACGGAGAAGUGGCAAGGCGCAUUUUGCUGCACGUUGAUCAGGAAUCGACACAGAGCUUUCGGUUGUAGCUGUCCUUUGGCCUCUACUGCCUUGACAACAGCGGAGGAUGAAGAAGAGUCUCCAUGGCCUACAGCAAAGCUGGAACACACACUCUUCGAUGAGUGGAUACUCUCGACAGAGGCACAAGCUAUUCCAUUCGAGAUUACCAAGGUGUUGAAAGAGUAUCGGACAGUAUUCCCCGAUAACUUACCAAAAGGAUUACCGUCAACGCGUGCUCAUGAUCACCAUAUCCUACUUGUACCUGGGAAACUUCCAGCGAAAUAUACGAUUCAUCGAAUGACCCCAGAUCAGCUCACAUUCCACAAACAGAAGACGGCUAAAUUAUCGGACAACAGUUGGAUCGGACCAAUAUAUUCGCCUGUCUGCUCUCCUACGAUAAUGGUCGACAAGCGUGAUGAUGGCUUAGGGGAGCGGAAGAUGCGUAUGCUGGUUAAUUACCAGGCUCUCAAUGCCCCUACAGUAGCUCCUGAUUUUACACUACUUCCCAUUCAAACCAUUCUGGAGAUGCUAGGAGGCUCCAAGUAUUUGUGCACUCUGGAUCUUGAAGCAGGACUCCAUCAAACACGUAUGGCCAAGGAAGACCGCUGGAAGACGGCUUUCCGUCCCCUUCUAGGGCUAUUGGAAUAUCGAGUUAUGCCCUUUGGCCUUAAAGGUGCCCCAGCUACGUUCCAGGCCAGCAUUAAUGCUUAUCUACAGCCUUUAUUUGGACAGGUGUUAUUGCGUACCUAG